AAUGCGCAAGUACAUUUGGUUGGUUUGGUUCAUUGGCUCCAUGCUGGAUUUGUUAUUGUUUUGAGUUUUUUUUUCUGUUGUUGUUAUUGUUGUUGUUGUUGUUUGUUUUGUGAAAUAAAUAAAUAAAAUUUGUGUGUGUGUGUGUGUGAAAAAAUAAAUGACAUUAUUAUGUUGUUUUUAUUACGACAAUGUAAUUUUCAAUUAAGAUCAAAAUUAAAUAAUAUUUAUUCAAAUAUUAAUCUAGUUAACCUUAAAAAAUUAAAUUACAAUGACAAAAAAUUUUUUAGUAUACGUAGUGAUCUUGGAGUAUCUGAUAAAUCAUUAAAAAAUUAUAUUAAAUUAUUAACAGAUGCUCAUAAUAACACUAACAAUUAUGACAAUGAUGAACAACUUGUUGCUAUUGUUAAUAAAAGACAAGUAUCUGAAAUUUUGACAAAACGAUCAAGAAUUCAAGAGGAUUUAAAAAAUUUAAAAGAACUUGUUGAUAGUGAUGAAGAAAUGAAAAAAUUAGCUCAAGAUGAAUACAACACUUAUAAUGAAAAUUUAUCAACAAUUGAUGAUGAAUUAUUGGAAAUAUUAUUUGACAAUAUUGGACGUGAUAAUUGUCAAAAUAUAAUAUUUGAAAUAACAGCUGGUGUUGGUGGUCUUGAAUCAAUGGUAUUUACUGCUGAUUUGUACAACAUGUAUCAAGGACAUUUUAAUUAUUUAGGAUAUACAUAUGAAACACUUGAAUUAAGUAGUGAAACAGGUGUAACUUGUGGUGGUGGUAUCAGAACAGCAAGUAUAUUAAUAAGUGGUAAUGGUGCAUUUGAAUUAUUACGUCAUGAAGGUGGUGUACAUCGUGUACAAAGAAUACCAACAACAGAAAAACAUGGUAGAAUACAUACAAGUACAGCAAGUGUUGUUGUAUUACCACAACCAACAGAUAUUGAAAUAAAUAUACAAGAUAAAGAUCUUAAAAUUGAAACAAAACGUGCAACUGGUGCUGGUGGACAAUCAGUUAAUACAACUGAUUCAGCUGUUAGAAUAACUCAUUUACCAACUGGUAUAUCUGUUGAAUCACAAACAGAUAGAUCACAGAUUAAAAAUCGUCAAACAGCAAUGUUAAGACUUAAAACUAAAAUAUAUGAUAUGCAAUAUAAUGAACAAAAACAAACAGCUGGUAUAUUGAGAAAAAAACAAAGAGGUCUAGGUUUGAGAAAUGAAAAAAUACGUACAUAUAAUUAUAAUCAAGAUCGUAUUACUGAUCACAGAAUACCAAAUGGUACAAUGCACAAUUUAAAAACAUUUAUGGAAGGUGGUGAAUCAUUAAAAAAUUUACAAUUACAAUUACAAAAAUAUUAUCAAUUGAAAUUAUUUAAAGAAUCUAUUGAAAAAUGUAAUUAAUCAUUGUAUAGAUAAAUAAUAAAUAAAUAAAUAAAUAAAU